GUCAAGGGAGAGGCAAGGAAAGUUGGCCAAGAUUCAGUCUAUAAAUUGACACCGUUUACCUACCCACCAGACAAUUCAAACCCUCAUUCACAAUUAUUGGGCUUCACUGGAUCACCGAUAUUCAACUCAACAUGCAUCUCUUCCAAUCUACCUGGUCCACCCUCCUCCCCUCCAUCCUAAUCUUUUCAACCACCGUCGAAGGCGUCGGCAUCCGACACCACAAAAAGCACAGCUGCAGCGGCAACAUCUUCGUGCAAUGCUCCAGCAUCGCAUCCUACACGUGCUGCGGCUCGUCGCGCGCUCUCGAGUCCACCCGAUUCCUUGGCCUCGGCGAUACCUACUUGGGGGCUGUCUGCACCAAGAAAAAGUCCGCCGACUGUGGCACCGUGGCGAAGUCCUCUACCGGGAGUAACUUGUGUUUGAGUCAUAAGAAUAUCAAGGGGGCUUUUUGGAUGGAUUGUACGCGGUGUUCGAAACGGGGGGUUGUUGUUGAUGAGGAUGAGGAGGAGGGGGGCGAGUAUGCCGACUUGAAUGUUACGGCUGUUGUUGAGCCCGAUUUGAUUGGGUUCGGUGGUUAUACCUUUCGGAUCAAUUAUGAUGUUCCGCGGAAUAUCACCGAUACGUUUGAAGCGCUGGCUGAUAAUGAAACUCUGGUGGAGGAUUUUCCGCAGUAUCUGUGGGAGUACUAUGCCGGUAUGGUGGAUGACGAGUAAUCCGGCCUAGCCUGUGGGCAACCAAGGAUACAACCAAGAAUGGGAGGAAAUGAUGAAACAGGGUGUAUCGACUUUGUUUACAUUUUGUACAUUCGAGCCUGUAUUCAAGACGGAUGGAAUGCCUAAUGCUCGUCCGUGCAUUGAUCAGCGAUAGAGGGGCUGGCAGCCAUUGUGUAAUUGCGAUCCCAUGUGUCUUUCAGUUCAAUCAUUUAUUCCUGUACCAGAUUACACUGAACUAAAA